CUUCUUUUAGGAAAAGGAAUAUGAGCUUAACCAAAUCUACUUCCUGGAUUUUAUGAUUUAAAGACAAUGGCAGGAAGGAUUAUGAUGCUGAAACGUCGUAUGUUGAUUGGAUGUACCUCUUCAAAUCAAGUUCAGAGCUACAGAAAAAAAUGUAAGAUGGAAUAUAAAGAAUUCAAAGACAAACGAGCUCUUGUUACCGGUGCUGGCAAAGGUAUCGGAAGAGCAAUUGCAGUGAAACUAGAUAACCUGGGAGCAAAGGUGUACGGGAUAAGCAGAACACAGUCAGACUUAGACAACUUGAAACAAGAAGUACCCUCAAUUGAAACAAGGCUGCUAGAUAUAUCAGACUGGGAUAUCACAAGAAAAAUUAUUGAAGAUAUUGGACCAAUUGAUCUGCUAGUAAAUAAUGCUGCUGUUAUAAAAAGAACUCCGUUCUUUGAAGUUACAAAGGAAGAAUUAGACGAGCAACACAACAUAAAUUUCCGGGCAGCGUUUAAUAUUACACAGGUUGUUACGCAAGGAAUGGCGUCACGGGGGACGGGUGGAGCUGUCGUAAACAUAUCGAGUAUUUCUGGUAUACGUGCAGCAAAUAACCGAUCUUGCUACGGUUCGUCAAAGGCUGCCCUAAACAUGCUUACUAUGUCGUUGGCACACGAACUCGGACCAGAAAAGAUUCGAGUAAACAGUGUCAAUCCGACAGUGGUGUUGACCGAGAUGGGGAAAUCAGGUUGGAGCGACCCAGAAAUAAAGGCUGCUGCACUUGCAAGAAUACCAGUUCGCCGUUUUGCAGAGAUAGAAGACAUUGUGAAUGCCACAAUAUACCUGCUGAGUGAGAAAUCUGCUAUGAUAAAUGGAGUAAUAUUACCUGUGGAUGGUGGCAUGAUCAACAGCUAUAUAUAAUCUGCAACAGACUACUCAUUUUCAAGCAAAGCCCUGUUUGACUAAAUACUCUUUAACAUUGUAAAGUUUAUGUUCUUCACAUAAUCACAAAAUAAAUAAAACAAAAUGACAAAUAAACAUAAAAGUUCCAGUACUGAUUGUGCAGUGAAGUAUUACAGAGUAUAUAAUGCCACAAAUGAGGAAACAACAACGCCAAACUUACAUGUUUCAGAAAGAGGUGUUCCAUAUUUUUUUUUUUGUUUUACAACAGAUGCGCAUUUGGAGUAUGAGGUAAUAGCAGUAAUACUGUCUCACGAGUAAUUUCAACAAAUUGGCAUGGCACAAAUAUCUCGACAGUUAUUUCGUUUUUAAUAAUACAUGCUAAUCAAUAAUAAUGUCGGUUCAAAAUCG